ACUUACCUCGUGUAAAGUUGGAGAUCGAAGCGAUGAAGAACCUGAGUCAUCAACAUGUCUGUCGACUGUACCACGUCAUAGAAACUUCUUCACAGAUAUUUAUGGUGCUCGAGUACUGCCCAGGUGGAGAGUUGUUUGAUUACAUUAUAGCAAAGGAUCGGUUGUCGGAGCAGGAGACCAGAGUGUUUUUCAGGCAGAUUGUGUCAGCGAUGGCCUAUGUGCACAGCCAAGGAUACGCACACAGGGAUCUCAAACCGGAAAACCUGCUGAUUGAUGAGGACCAGAACUUGAAGCUCAUAGACUUUGGCUUAUGUGCCAAACCCAAGGGUGGUUUGGGUUAUGAGCUGAAGACUUGUUGUGGGAGUCCUGCUUAUGCUGCUCCUGAACUCAUUCAGGGGAAAGCAUACAUCGGUUCAGAGGCUGAUGUUUGGAGCAUGGGGGUUCUGCUGUUCGCUCUGCUCUGUGGAUACCUCCCCUUUGACGAUGACAACUGCAUGGUCCUUUACAGGAAGAUUACGAGAGGUAAAUAUGAUAACCCACAGUGGCUCUCUACAGGUAGUAUCCUCCUCCUCAACCAGAUGAUGCAGGUGGACCCCAAGCGCCGUCUGACUGUCAGACAGCUGCUGGACCACCCCUGGGUUACCAAGGACUAUAACAGCCCUGUGGAGUGGCACAGCAGACAGCCGCUUGAUCGUCUAGAUGAAGACUGUAUCACUGAGAUGGCAGUCAACAUGAAGCGGUCAAGAGAAAGCACCACAGCACUCGUGAAAGAGUGGAAGUAUGACCAAACCACAGCCACCUACCUGCUGCUGCUGUCGAAGAAGCAGAGGGGAAAGCCUGUCCGUCUGCGUCCUGAACCAGCUGCCUGCGAGGAGUCUCCUCUGCACCAACUGCACACCAGAGAGCUUCUUCAGUACAAUGAGGAUGUGGAUGCUGUGAUUAUUGGCUCUUUGGACUUUUGCUCAGAUUAUGUUGAUGACUGUCCAUGGGUCUCGGUCCAACAGUACACGCCCCAGAGGGUCAGAGGUCAGCUGGAUGGAAACGCUAACAGAGACGUGAGGUUGCUCUCACCUGCAGAAGAAAAACAAUGCACUCACAGUCCCACAGCAGAGAGGGGGAGGCCGGCAACACCACACCACCAGCAAAGGAGGGAGAGAAAACACGAACAAACCAGCGAAAACAAGGAGAACGUUGCUGAAGAGAAGAAAGACAAAAUGUUUGCGUUGCCUCCCCCCCGCACCCCCGUGUCCAGUAAGAAGAAUGCACGCAGGAACGUGUUGACCACGCCCAACAAAAACACAAACAUUGUCACCAAAUCCAACAUGGAAACACCUAAAGGUGACAGCACAUCUAAGGAGCAGAAUAAGAAGAAAGCUGCAGAAAUAAAGGACUCUGCAAACAUAGAAAUAAUGGCAUUCAGUCCAGAGCGAAGGUCCAGGUCGCUGGACAUGGCUGUCACAGAAGACAGUGGGAAGAAGAAGCGAGGAGGAAAGAUGUUUGGCUCCCUGGAGAGAGGCCUGGACAAGGUGAUCACCAUGCUCACCCCGAGUAAAAGACGAGCCCUGCGGGACGCCCCACGCAAGAUUAAGGCUCAGUAUAACGUGACCCUGACCUGUCAGACCGAUCCAGAUCAGGUCCUAAACCAGAUCCUCUCCGUCCUGCCGGAGAAAAACGUCGACUUCACACAGAAAGGGUACACCCUGAAGUGUCAGACAUGGGGCGACUUGGGGAAGGUGACCAUGGCCUUUGAGCUGGAGGUGUGCCUGCUGCAGAGGCCAGAGGUGGUUGGAGUUCGACGCCAGAGGCUGAAGGGAGAUGCUUGGGUUUACAAACAUCUGGUGGAGGACAUCCUCUCAACCUCCAGCAUCUGA